GGGGGGGGUCGGCGUUGGGGGGAGGGAGGAGGGGGGCAGCCCAUGCAUGGCUGGCUUUGCAGGUGGUUCCCCCUCCCUCCUCCUCCUCCUCCUCUCACCCCUCUGUAUCGCUCAGGGGAAGUUGGGAAUGACUGCAUGUCAGGAAGUGAAGUGAAAACUCCGCGUUGUCUAUGAGAAGCUGAGGAGACACACCAAAAGGGAUGGAUUUAUUAUUCAUAUAGACCAUCAGCAUUCUGCUUUAAAAGGAUUUUUUUUAAUCCAAAGAAAUCUAUAAAAAGGGAAUAAAAGGCCAAGAGUGCAUUGCAAGAGUAAAUAACCGACUGCAUUCGAAGAAAGGAAGGCUGAAGGAAAAUCAAACAAUACCAAGAAAUAUUUAUUUGCUGAACCUGCAUCUCUUUUAUACACAGUUUUCCUUCCUUAUCCAAAAUAGUAUUUAUCAGACUUUUGCCUGCCUUUGCACAGAAGUUUACAUACCCCAAAGGCCCCACUCACGAAGAAAGCGCUGCAAAAUCUGUUACUCCAACAAAUAGUGGGAUUCAAAUUUAUAUCUAUAUGUGUAUAUAUAGCAACACUUUUCCCACGAUGACUCUUCUAUCCUAUGGAUAUCGAUUUUGAGAUAACAGAUGAGGAUUGUUGCCGCCUUUUGGAAAUCGUGCUGGUGUUGUGGGCCAUGGGCUGUAUUCAGAGUAUUAGCUGCAAAUCAAAAGGUUUUCGGGAGAGUAUUACUGUCAUUGAAGUUAAGGCCUCCAUCGACCCCGUCCCUACCAACAUUGAUGAGUCGUCCAGUGUGGUUCUGAGAUACCGGACCCCACACUUCCGGGCUUCUGCUCAGGUGUUGGUGCCUCCUCUCCCCAGGAAAGAGACCUGGAUCGUGGGCUGGAUCCAGGCCUGUAGUCACAUGGAGUUCUACAAUCACUACGGGGAACAUGGAAUGUCAAGCUGGGAACUCCCAGACCUCCUCGAGGGCAAGAUCCAAGCGAUCAGCGACUCGGAUGGGGUCAAUUACCCCUGGUAUGGGAACACCACAGAGACCUGUACCAUCGUGGGGCCCACCAAGAAGGAAGGGAAGUUCACUGUCAGCAUGAACGAUAACUUCUACCCAAGCGUCACCUGGGCUGUCCCAGUGAGUGACAGCAAUGUGGCCAAGCUCACAAACAUCCACAGGGAUCAGAGCUUCACUACUUGGCUGGUUGCAACCAACACGGCCACCAACGAGAUGGUCAUCCUUCAGACAAUCCGGUGGCGGAUGAAGCUGGGCAUCGAUGUGACCCCCAGCAAACCUUUGGGGCACCGUGCCAGGCUGAAAGAGCCCCAUGCCCAGGAACAGCCACAGAUCCUAAGCAGGAACGAGCCAAUACCACCUAGUGCCCUCGUGAAACCCAAUGCCAACGACGCCCAGGUGCUCAUGUGGAGGCCUAAGGACGGGCGCCCUCUAGUGGUGAUUCCUCCAAAGCAUCGGUAAUGAGACCCCCUCUCCCUCUAGUGUGUCCAGCCCCACGGGGUGGAUUGGGAGGGGUGGGGGCAGAGAGAGGAGGAGGAGGAGGAAAAAAACCGCUUCAUAUUUAAGGAAACAUAUUUAAGCAAAAAAAACACAACCAACCAGAUGCACUUUUAAAACUCAUUUGACAGAAAAGAGAAAUAAUAAUAAUAAUAAUGCAACCAUUCUACCUUUUCCCGUCGGAACGGGUCUCACUGUGCUAGAGACGCUCAACAGGAAGGAUGCUCCCCUCAAGAGUCUGACGGGGUGUGUGAGUACGUUUGUCACCAGGCAUCGAGUUUCUAAGGGAGCGAACAAAUCAAUGUCCACACACUUGAUUUCCAGCUUUGUAAAAGUUGCUUUUUUCCUUCCUUCAGUGGUUGUUUUCAAGUUCAAUCUCAUUAACUUACGGUAGCUUGGGUCACCUGAGUGAGAGAGAGAGAAAAAAACAAAAAGUUUUUUUUAAUAUAUAUAUAUGUGUGUGUUAAACGAGGGAGGUUUUAUUUUCGAGUUGGGAGGAGGAAGGGAGAAAAUUAAUUUUAUUUAGUUGGGAAGGGGAGUGGAUGCAGAUGCAACCACAAAAAGAAAACAACAAUUUGUUUAUUUCUCCUCUCCUUGGAUGAUGAUGAUGAUGGGUGGGUGGAUUUUUUGUUCUUGCAGAGAUGAUGUUCCAAAUUGCAAACACAAGUCACGCGGCCUUAUGUAGUUUUUACUUUGCAUUGCCAAAACCUUUGCCUUAAACUGCAUUUUUUUAAAAAGCGGGGGAGCGGGGGGGGGGGUGGAUAAGAAAGCAAGCAAGCAAAGAAGGCUACUUUUUUCUUACUGGAUAUUAGAGUGAGGGGUGGGGGAGAUGUUUCGUUCUGGAAUGGAAAUAAUCAUUGAGCCUGUAUCGCAACCAGUUGCUAAAGGAGGUUGUCAUCCCCCCCCUUGCUUUUGAAACAAACUGAAACUACACCAGCAGAGAUUCUCUUGGGAUAGAGAGGGCAGUGAAGGAAACUGCACCUGCUUAAUUUCCACCUGACUGCUGCUGUUAGUAGUACAGGGACUCUAGUUGCUUCCACACUAGCCCUUCUUUCCCCCUAAAAUUAUCACCCUAUGUUUACUCAGUUUUUACAAAUUGCAUUCCUGUGUUUUCUGGGUUGUCUCCGAUGUCAGUGCUACUAACAUUUCAGUGGGUCUACUCUUGGUAGAAAUCAGUCUGAGACAACCCUCUGUGCAUCUUUUUUCAAAUCUGAUCCGUAGUGGGGUGGGGGGUCUCUCUUUUGGGGUGUAAUUUUAGGGCUUUUUUAAAAAGACUUUUCAGGGACACAGGUGGCGCUGUGGGUUAAACCACAGAGCCUAGGGCUUGCCCAUCAGAAGGUCAGUGGUUCGAAUCCCCGUGACGGGGUGAGCUCCCGUUGCUCGGUCCCUGCUCCUGCCAACCUAGCAGUUCGAAAGCACGUCAAAGUGCAAGUAGAUAAAUGGGUACCGCUUUGGCGGGAAGGUGAACGGCGUUUCCGUGCGCUGCUCUGGUUCGCCAGAAGCGGCUUUGUCAUGCUGGCCACAUGACCUGGAAGCUGUACGCCAGCUCCCCCGGCCAAUAACGCGAGAUGAGCGCCGCAACCCCAGAGUUUCCACGACUGAUCAGGGGUCCCUUUACCUUUUAAAGGACUUUUCAGGACUCCUCCUCCUUUAAUUACAAACUUCCUGUGGACAAAUUCAACUUACUUUAUUGCUUUCUGUUUAGUUCAAUGGAGGGAUAUUAGCAAUCCCUUCACUGCCAAAUAUUGUCAGUUUAUGAUCCUGUGAACAGAGAUGCUUUAAGGAUGCAUUGCCUCCCAUUUUAGCCCUUUUAUUUGUAUAGAGCAAAAUAGACAGCACUAUUUUUCUACAUAAAAAUGAUAAGAAAAUAAUGAGAGGCAAUCAGUCUGUAAAGCCUCCCUACUCAGAGGAACAGAAACAGGAGAACUGCAUUUAAGAUAAAGUAAUAUAAUGGGCUGAACCUGCCAGCAGUAAGCUUUUAAUUAACAGUUCAAGGGAUCUUCGCUUAAUGAGUCUUUCUUCUGAACAAGCAUAACAGAAGGCUCUUAGCCAUGGGGAGUGGCAUUGCUGAUCUGUUUAGUGUAUUAUUAAGUGCUGUGCAGAACCACCAGUUUAAUUUUAAAAGAAAGAAAAUGAAAAGAAAGAAAUGCACCAGCAACACUGAAAGUAACUAGUGUGGAAGCAACAUGUGCUUGGGGGGGAUUGGUUUUUUCUAUGUCACGGAGGGAAAAAUUUGGCUUGAGCCUCCCCAAGUAAUUCUCCCUAGUUUAGAUGGGGAUGCUGUGACCUGCGCGGUUGCUGUGAAUUAUCUGCCUUCGCUUCCAGAAGCAAGAAUUUUAGCUCCAGAACGGGAAGCCAUGGCUCACGAGCUUCUAGGAUCAGGCAUGGGGGAACCUUUGACCCUCCAGAUGUUUCUGAACUACAGCUUCCAUCAGCCCCAACAAGCGUGGCCAAUAGCCAGGGUUGAUGGGAUUUGUAGUUCAGCAACAUCUGAAGAGCCAAAGGUUCCCCACACCUUUCUAGAAAGAAAGCUGAGUACCAAGCAAGGAUAACAGGAAUUGAUCUCCAUAUCUCACCCUCUUCCCUUUGGGAGGGUCUUCAGGGCAGUGAGAAACAGUUGUAUCCAACUAACUCGGAGUAGACCCAAUGGAAUCAAUGCACCUAAACUAAGCCAUGCCCAUAUUGAAAAUAAUUUAAUUUCGAGGCAGGGCUGUAACUUUCUAGGGAAACACAUGCUUUGAACACAGAACCUUUUGUGUGCUGCAGUCUGUGGUCAGGGUGCUUAUUGUGAUGGCAAAGACCUCUGAAUGUAACUUUUAGGAGCUGCUGUUGGUCAGAGUAAGUUCUGGGCCUGAUGGGCCAAUUGUUUUUAUUAACACAUAUGAAAUUGGGCACAGUGUCCAUUAAUUUCAAUGAGUCUACUCUGAGCAAAGCUUAAGUCAGAUACAGUCCAUGUGAAAUAUUUUAAGCGGGGGGAUGUGGAGGGGAAGAGACUCAGUUUUGAAAAUGUGCAGGCCCCAGGACAAAACUUCCAUGACACACCGUUUCUUUCUGGUAUUCACAGGAACAGGACUGUUUUCCCCUCUAAUGAUACGGGGCAGCCAACGUUCAGCACGGAUCACUUGGGAUCGGGGCAAUAUAGGGGUCCCUUCUUCACCAAAGGGGGAGCCCAGUGUGCGGUUUGGUUUAAAAUUUAAAAAGAAAAGAAAGUGGGGAAGGGAGACCACAUUUUCAGCUCAACAUGCAAGAUUCUAAAAUGCAAACUUGUCUGUUUUUUUCUGAAAAUAAUAGUUCUCUUAAGUCAUGGUGUGUUUGCACUAGCAGAUUACCAUCAGGUGCGCUUACCGCU